AUGCGUCCGCAGGGUCUAGCCGGGCUCAUCGCCGGCCUCUUGACAGGACUUGGCCAUGCUGAAGACCCCCCAACCACAACCCCAACUCAAACUCCGCCGCCAGACCUGGGCAUCUGGAAGCUCGAUGUCAGCUGUGCGCCAUACUACACCGACAUCGAGAGGGCCUACGGUGACGUGAGUAAAAUGGUAGCCAAGACUGUCAAGGAUCUUGAGAUUGUUCUGGAAAAGCGCCCUGGUAAAAAACCCAUCAAGAACCAGAAGACAUGGGAUCGCAUUGGUAGAGCCAUGGGUCCCAUGUUUGGAUUCGUCCCCGAUCCCAACAAGGUUGAGACCUUUCAGGACAACUACUGGAAGGACCUUUGGUACGUCUAUGACCGAAUGAACAGGGCUUUCCAGGGGGAUCAGACUUUGAAGGUCGGUUAUGGCAGUAGACAGCCUACCAUCCUGUGCAGCGAUGAUCGGUGGGAGUGGAAAGACAUAGACGCCGAGGAUCCCUUACUCCCAGGCACGGGAAAGAAGCUGAAGGACCGGCCCGAGUCAACAUCCCAGGGAGUGCAGUGGGCCGGGGCCUAUUACUGGGAUGGGCGACUGUGGUGGCGCAGCGGACCACGAAACAUUCCUUCAGCCUGUACACCAGACACUAUGGGAUACACUAAGACCAACUUGGACAUGAUACAGCUUUGCGAUGAAAUUCUCAAGGACGGCAAGGCUAUGAAGGGAUCCGCAGUCCUGGCAUCUGGCUCACUCAUAGGCCAGAAGCUGGACCAGUGGAGCCACACCCUGCCCAACAUUCUCUUCCACGAGUUUUCUCACUGGUUUGGAGCCGAUGGGAGAGGUCUGGCAACCAACAGACACAUCCUUGACCAAAAUGCCGUCGACAAGGACGGCAGGUGGCUUUACAGGGACGCAAGUGGUACAUAUUCAUCACACAAACACUUAUUGAGCAAGGCGGAGCGUGACAACCAAGGGUUGACGAGGGUUACUACCUACAAAUUUAAUAACAUCCUCAACCUCGCUACAAACUUCAAUUCCAAGAAGGCUGCCCAGAGGGCCGGGCCAGACAAGUGCCUCUUCAACGCCGACUCGUACAACGUUUUCGGCACAAUGAUGUAUCUAGACGACUACGAUUGGUCUACUGGGAAGGCAGAAUCUAUUGAAAAGCAUAACAAACCUCCUGCAGUUCCGACAUCGACUGCAACUAAGAUACCGUAG